UGCAGUGAAUUCAGGUGCGUGAUGCUCUCGCCUGGGGAUAUUUAGCGAUGUCUUUCAUCGCUUCUCGUUCAUGAAUGUUACUUAUCGAAAAAUAAAAAUCUGGGUUAGUGACAACGAGAGGGAUGUAUACGACAAGCGAUUUACAACAGUUGUCGAUUAAUUCGAGCGGAAGAGAGGCAACGAUCCGACGAUAUUCGUAAAUAACCUGUGCUUGAGUCUUGAAACUUACGCGAUGUUCUUCGGAAAGGAAUGGACGAAUACCGACGAUAAACUGACAUUUGACAUGUAUAUCGCAAUGAUUAUCUUUGAAUUGCUGCCCGAAUGAAACUAAAAAAAUAUACGCUAACUCGAAGACAAUUUAUUCAUUAAGUUAUCUUCGAAACAUUUUCCGUAUUCCAUCACAAAUCACGACAAGGAGCACGAUGUCGCGUGAAAUCGCGACAGAACACAGCAGAUCGGUACCAAAACUCACAAGAAAGUGAUAACGGCGAGCGAAGAGGACGGAAAGUGAGGAAAGAUCGUAGUUCAACCCUGUUUGGCCGUUCUUAUAAAACAACCCUUCAACCUGGCGGACCAAGAGGAAGGAAGUGGCUCAGCGGCGAUGCAGGGCAAGGAGAGUCCCGUUGGGUCCAACACCCAGGAGACCCAUCAGUACGUCGGCCCGUAUCGGUUGGAAAAGACCUUGGGGAAAGGCCAGACUGGUUUAGUUAAGCUCGGCGUACAUUGUGUGUUGGGCAAGAAGGUGGCAAUCAAGAUUAUCAACCGCGAAAAGCUUUCGGAGUCUGUGUUGAUGAAAGUGGAGCGUGAGAUCGCCAUUAUGAAAUUAAUCGAUCAUCCGCACGUGCUCGGGCUCUCAGAUGUAUAUGAAAACAAGAAAUAUCUAUAUCUUGUUCUGGAACACGUCUCAGGCGGGGAGCUGUUCGAUUAUUUGGUUAAAAAGAGCAGACUGACCCCGAAAGAAGCGAGGAGAUUUUUUCGACAAAUAAUUUCUGCAUUAGAUUUUUGCCACAGUCAUAGUAUAUGCCAUAGAGAUUUGAAGCCUGAGAACUUGUUGCUGGACGAGAAGAAUAACAUUAAGAUAGCAGAUUUCGGAAUGGCGUCUUUACAACCCGCGGGCUCUAUGCUGGAGACCAGUUGCGGAUCACCUCAUUACGCCUGCCCCGAAGUCAUUAGGGGUGAAAAGUACGACGGUAGAAAAGCAGAUGUAUGGUCUUGUGGGGUAAUACUUUACGCGCUUCUGGUAGGCGCUUUACCUUUCGACGACGACAAUCUGAGAAAAUUGUUGGAGAAAGUUAAGCGCGGAUUGUUUUACAUACCACAUUUUGUACCGCCCGAGUGUCAGAAUUUGCUCAGAGGUAUGAUUGAAGUUGAUCCCGAGAAAAGAUUGACGUUAUCAGAAAUAAAUAGGCAUAUUUGGGUAACGGCGGCAGGUAAGGGCGAGUUGGAAUUAGAACUGUCGAUGAUGGACGUGGUGCAGACGCACGUUAUUCCGUCCGUGGAAGCAAUCGAUCCCGACGUGCUACAAGCGAUCGCAAGUCUUGGUUGCUUCAAGGAGCGCGACAAACUCAUUCAAGAACUGCUCAGUCCAAACCACAAUACGGAGAAGGUGAUAUACUUCCUACUGCUAGAGAGGAAGCGAAGAAGACCGGCGUGUGAGGACGAGCUCGAGGUAAUGAGGAGUAGCAUGAGAGGAUCCGCGGGACAAUUAGAGGCCGAUCCGCCGAGAAAACGGGUGGACACAUGUAGAGUGAACGGAAGUACCGCGCUCAAUCUUGGACAAAUCAGUCAUGGCUCGCCUUUGACGCCUAGAAGGCAGUCUAGCACGAGACAUCACGCGCGUCGAUCACCAAGCACAGGUGGAUGCCACACUCAUGCGUCUCAUUCGCACACGUCAACGCCAGGCAACUCACCGUUGCAUGCACCUGCAGGUCUCCUAAGUCCUCACAGAGCAAUGCCGGCGUCACACAUGGGCCAGACAAUUACCUGCGGUGCACACAGACUGUCCCUUGGUGGCAGUACCACCCUCACCGGAAAUGGUGGUAGCCCCACGAGUCAAAGUGUCCCGAUGCCGACGCCGGCGCUUGCCAAUGUCGGUAUUGAACUCAAUGAAGUGCAGCCAGUAGUUGCGGUCGGCGUUACACCGCCGGGGUCGCCUCACACGGGAGCGGGAUCUGGAGCUCAUCACUGGAGAUCGCGAUUAACCACGAUCAAGAAUUCUUUCCUGGGUAGUCCCAGGUUUCAUCGUCGUAAAUUGCUCACUAGUACCGAGGAGGUACAUCUCACGCCGGAUUCUUCGCCGGAACUUACAAAAAAAUCAUGGUUCGGUAGUUUGAUGACUACGGAGAAAGAUGAAACCUUCACCGUUUUAGUUAAAGGAAAACCGCUAGCCAGUGUAAAAGCCGAUCUAAUUCACGCCUUUUUAUCGAUAGCAGAAUUAUCUCAUAGCGUGAGCUCGCCAAUGUCGUUCAGAGUGGAGUACAAAAGAGGUAGCACCGCACCAGCCAUGUUCCAGAGACAAGUGCGAUUUCAAGUUGACAUUAGCGCAAUUUCGAAGCAGCCGAAUGAGCCCCUCUUCGCCAUUACCUUUACAUUAUUGAGCGGAAACAUUCGAAGAUUCAGGCGAGUAUGCGAACAUAUCCAGUCUCAGGUGUGUUCAAGAAAUGUGAGUAUGAACUUGGGAGGACAAAGCAGAGCCGCGCCGCCUAGUCCGAGGGCCUCCAGAAAGUUCACCACAGAGAUGAGCGAGAGUUCCAGCUGUGGCAGCGAUACCAGUGAACGACUAUUUCUUAAUCCUCACCCAGCUACCAGACAGGUAGUCUGUUUCAAUAAGAUCGAUUCGGACAUCGAAUCGGAUACGUCUGUAUUUGACGUGAAAUCGCCGACCCGCGAGAACGGUAGAAGAAGUUCGACGUCGACGAAUAAUAACAAUGCCCUGUCGGGCGAUACAACACCAACGCCGGGCAGCCCGCCAAAAGCGGUUCGAAGUAACUCGGAGAGUCAAAAUACGCCUGAGAAGAAAUGCGUGACCACGAUGAGCGGCAACAACAUAGCGUGAUACUACCAGAAUCUUCGCUUCGAGUUCCGUUCAAGUCUAAAGAGCCUAUGGGACAGCGCUCAGAGAUUCUGGUGAGGUUUCCUCUGACGAACGCUUCUAACGCUUUAAAAGAACUGCAGAAUGCGUGAGACACAUCUAUAUGCGUAAUACAAUAUUGCAACAAACAAAAUUGAGGUCUAACAUCGUGAAUCAUAUCGUCAGCAUUAAUAGCGAGAAAAUAGAGAGGUAACAGUGAUGAUAAUACAUUUAUUAAAUUUGCAUUGUGUAAUUCGAAACAUCGAAACCUUUAGU